AUGACUCGACCAGUAUUUCGUCUCCUGCCUGGGCUUCACGAUUCAACCGGAAAGGACAUCCCAGGUGUUCGGUGGCGGAAAUCGGACAUAUAUCUCCGAAACGACUAUCGCACUUCGGAGUAUCAACCAAGCCAGCAGUUACAGCACGUUGAUACGUUGAUACCAGACCCAGCCAAGACCAUAGGAGAGGAGCCGUGUACCAAUCGACAGAACCAAGACGAGCAGAUAACGCAGGCUAUAACAAAGCUGACGGCCAUUCCGACUGCGUUGGGGUUGGCUCGCCAGCUUGCAGGAGCCGAUCGACACCUCGCCUCUGCUCUUUCCUUAUCUCACGGAAAGGAGCGCACAUGGGCUAAUGAAAGGCAUCGGCUGCAGGAAGAAGCGGGUGUAUCACAACUAGCCAGGGGCCCUGAUCAAAUCCCUUUGCCACCAAACGUCCCUAGCCAGGUUGACGUACCGUCAGAACAGCAUGACUUGUCCGAUGCAAGUUCGGGAUCCCAAACUGACGAAAUACCAAACCCACCAAUCCCCGGGAAUCCAGCUCCGUCUGUUGACUCGCUUCUUACUCAAGUAAACCAUUUUGCGAAAGCACAUGGUUUUGGGGCCGUCAAGGCCAACGGCAUGGUUCGACCGGGACAACGAAGUCGAUACAUUUUCCAAUGUGAUCGAUAUGGGACUCCACGGCCAGGAAGGGGCGCCGGUCUUCGGAAGCGAAAAUCUCGAAAGCUGGGGUGCCUGUGGAAGAUUAUCGCUGAGGCCUUGCCACAGAACAACUUCCAAUGGACUCUGCGGCACUUUCCAGAAUUGCAGCACCACCAACACAACCACAGGCGUAGCGCUGAUGCCGCCGCUCACCCUGUCCAUAGGCGGUUAACUAGUCUGGUGAAGGCGACCAUUCAGUCUACCAGUCGGCGGGUGGGCAUUCGUGCACGAGACAUUGGUGGCAUCGUCCGAGAUCACUUCCCAGAUUCAGUUUAUGUGCCGAGGGAUAUUUAUAAUGCUAGGGCUCGGAUUAAUAGAGAAAAUUUGGGUUGUUACAGUUCUACGGCUGCACUAAUCAGGUUGUUUGACGAGAAGGGGAUACCUUACAUUGCGGAGUGGGACAGAGAUGAGCCGGACCGUCUGGUGGGGCUGGUAUGGACGUUCCCUUACUGUCUCCGGAUGUGGAAGCGGUUCUCUGAGGUCAUUAGUUUCGACAACACAUACAACACCAACCGUUUUAAGUUGCCCCUUUUCCAAGUUACGGGGCAAACCUGCUUGGGUACUGUCUUUAACGCCGCAUUUGGGUUGAUCGACAACGAGAGGCUUGAAGGGUUCCAGUUCCUUGCUAAGGGUGUACGUGCGCUGCUCAGCCGCGACGGCAUCCGGACUCCCGAUGUUGUUAUCACCGACUUUGACAAACAGAUGAAGCUGGCCCUUGGGGGUGAGUUUGCCGAAGCCCAACAGCAGAUAUGCAUCCAUCAUAUCAACUCAAAUGUAAUGCUGCAGUCCAAACGGAGGUGGGUGUAUGCUACGAGGGAUAGAGUCGCCAGCGAAGAGGGUGGUUCAGGUUCAGACGAGCACGAUGCAGACCUCAACGACCGCGAUUGGCAGGCAGUACAGGAAUCUGAAAGACAAGAAGAGCCGAUUACUCGAGACAACUCGCCGCAAUCUGUAACCCACGAUUACAACGGAGUGCUCAUGCUGUGGAGACUUGUGGUGUUUGCUGAGACGGAAGAGGAUCACGAGAAGGCCUGGGAAUGCCUCUGCACACAAUUCAGUGACCAGAAGGCGAUUCUUGCGUAUCUCUAUAGUACAUACAUGCCUGUGAGAGAGCAGUGGGCUCGGUGCUUCAUCCGGAAGUACCGCAACUUCGGCAUUCGAGUGACCUCUGGCACGGAGGCCGGCAACAACAAUGUCAAGAGCUAUCUCCUGAAUGGCAUGAGCCAUUUGUAUCGGCUGGUCGAGGCAAUCCAAGGCAUGCUAGAAGACCAAGAGAGGGAGUUUCGUCAAGCUUGUGCCCAGGACGAGGUGCUGACGGCGCGAGAGCACCUAGGGCGUGGCUCGGAGUAUCUUGGCGACAUUCCUCAUGUUGUGUCUCAGAAAGGACUUUCUAUGAUGACCCGGGAGUACCGCAAGGCACUCAAAGGCAUCCCGAGCCCGUCUAAUCCGUGGCCGGAUGCCAUUACAACGUGCAACGACGAUUGCAAUGUGUCUAUUGAGCUCGGGAUCCCUUGCCAUCACACGCUCUAUCGGAAGCUCGUGACUGCUGUGCCUCUGACUAAGUGGGAUAUACACUCGCGGUGGCAUCUGCGAGAGCCUGUAACCCGCGACGUAUACCGCCGCAUAUUGGACCCAAAGAUUGCCACCAAUCUUCGUGGACGGCCCAAAAACAAGCCCCAGCCUAUCCCGACAAGUAUGGCAGUUGGAUCCAGUAGGCAAACUGCGAGCCGUCGAGUUUCUGGCACUCAGCCUCAGAGCAGUCGGUCACAGCACCGUGGCCAAUCAUGUGGAGGUCGAAGUCUGGGAAGACGACUGGAGUACGGGCAAGCGGACAGAGGACACAGCCAAGCGUGCGAAGACGACGGUGUCAAUGGGAACUAUCUAGUGCCGGGACGGCAAUUCCUUCAGCCCAAACGAGGUCUGCAACAGCCGAAACUGAAAGUCCUCGAAGACAUGCCUUUUGAGGUACCCGGAAUUGCCCUCGCAAUCACUCUUUGCUUCCGAACCAGCUUCACAGUCAGCCGCAUUACUGGAUUCAACCGUAAAUCCAAAGGGGGACCCAAAUUCGCAUUCGAUGACGGCUGUAACACUACCUCAACCCAUUGCUACAGCUGCGCCCCAGCUACCCACGUCACCUGUUCUUACGACCACGCGUUCGCACAGUCCGCAUCCAUGUUCACCGCCCAGGAAUACCGUAGGGCAAUGGGACUCCCGUUACGGUAUGACCGAACAAGUUAUGCGUGGUGUUUGGACGACGAGCAGAUGUCAAGGCUCUGUACAACUACAACGGGUAAGAGGGAAUGGACUAAAGAAGAGAUGAUGGCUUAUCUGGACUGGACCAAGGCGGGAAAUGGCCACACCACGGAGCAGGUCGUUGCGGAGACUGCAGGCAAUGAGACUCCGAGGAGCAAGGGAAGAGGCGAAAGAAAUGCCAAGGAACAAGAUGCCCUAUACUCGGCGGGGAGGGAGGAACAGUGCAUUGUAGUCAAGCUGUAG